CAGGUGGCAAUCAAACGCUGCAAACUCGACCCUGACCGGACCUAUCGAGCUGCCAUCCUACGAGAACUGAAGAUCAUGUCUGGAAAUCAUGCGAACCUUAUCCAAUUGAAAGAGGUCACGGUCUGGCGGGAUGCAAUCUGGAUUGCAAUGGAUUUGAUGCGCUGCUCAGUAUUUGCAGUCUUGUGCCGACGUGGAAUGCCUGAGGACCAUACCAUCCUCGUAGCCCGUCAGACCAUCUUGGCCCUAGAGCAUCUGCACUCCAAGGGGGUCUUGCAUCGCGAUCUAAAGUGCGAAAAUUUGCUUCUGGGCUGGCAAGGUCAGGUGAAACUAGCCGACUUUGGUUUGUCUGCUCGUGUAGCUCGUCCUCAACGCGACCGUCUAGGGACCAGCAAGUGGAUGGCUCCAGAAGUCAUUAGACAGGACCACUACAAUGAAAAGAUUGAUAUGUGGUCCCUUGGAAUCACCUUGAUAGAGAUGAUG